UGCUAUACUCGGGGAGGGAUGGUAGGCCAGGUCUGACUUUGACAAUGACAUACUGAGGCAUGGUAGGCCAGGUUUGGGUUUUGGGAAUGCCAUACUUUGGGAGGGAUGGUAGGCCAGGUUUGGUGUUGGGAAUGCCAUACUUGGGGAGGGAUGGUAGGCCAGGUUUGGUGUUGGGAAUGCCAUACUUGGGGAGGGAUGGUAGGCCAGGUUUGGUGUUGGGAAUGCCAUACUUUGGGAGGGAUGGUAGGCCAGGUUUGGUGUUGGGAAUGCCAUACUUUGGGACGGAUGGUAGGCCAGGUCUGACUUUGGCAAUGACAUUCUCAGGCAUGGUAGGACAGGUGUGGCUUUGGGAAAUCUGUAUUUGGAGAGGGAUGGUAGGUCAGGUUUGGUGUUGGGAAUGCCAUACUUGGGGAGGGAUGGUAGGCCAGGUUUGGUGUUGGGAAUGCCAUACUUGGGGAGGGAUGGUAGGCCAA